CUGCUGGACCGCGUCUUCUGCAUCCUCAGCCCCAGCCCGCCUCCCUCAAUCCCGGAGGGAGAAGACCCCAAGGGGAGGAGACGGGCCUAAUCCUUGCCCCUAGCACCAUGUCUCCAGGUUGGAGUCUGAAUCGGCCUCGGAACCCUGCUUGGCCUCGGGGACCCCUGCAAGACCGCCGUCGAUUCUUCCUCCUGCUCUUCAUCCUCCCCAGAUCUCUCCCAGGAACCCUUCAUGGUUACGCCCCUUUCGCAGUCUCAAACACUGAGGAGGCGACCGCUGGGCGUCUCACCCAGAGCGCGGCCCGGGAUGUGGGCGGAGUCUGAGGCUGCGAUGACCACUCGAAUGUGGCGUCCAUCGACUGGCGUCCGCCACGGCCAAUAGCGACGCCCUUCUCCGCGGCUGUCGCCCGGGCAACCCGGUGUUGUUGGUUGCCGUAGAAACAGCGGCCGGACUGUGCUGAGGCUCCUCGCCUGAGCGGAUAAACUGCACGCGCCAUGGGCCGUGCACUGGGUUGGGCGCCUUGUGGGCGUUUAUCCUCCCUGCUUCCCUAGGGGGUUCCAGCAUCGCCCCACUUUCACGGACUGGGAAACACACCUAACUCCAGGACUUGUGUUUUCCUCACUGCACUGGGGAAAGUGGUGGGGACACCUCUUCAGUAGGGCUUGGGGAACUGCACAGAGCCAGGUCACCCUCUGAUUCUGUGGCUCUCAGUUCUCUUGCAUGCUCUAGUCUUUGGAUACGCUGCUCCCGGCACCAGGAACCUCCAUCCCCGUCUUUGUCUGCUUUUGAACUUCAGAAAUCUGCAAGUGUCAGCUCAGAGGUCACUUCUGAAGCUUUCCACAACACCCUCCCAGCCCCUCUGCUGCUGCCCUCAGGCCGUCCUCUCACAGCACUGAUAACAGCUGUCCUUGCCAGAGGACAGAGGACAGGGACAGAGCUGCUGUUCUCUGUGUGUCAAGGCCCAGCAAAGGGAAUGUAGGGAGGUGGGAGGUGCAGGGCAGCUGGAGUUAGGGGCCGACGGCUGGGUGUUGGAGGCUGGAUCCUGCUCUAGUGGAAGUGUCCCUUUAACAGCAGCUGCCUGGCCUGGCUCGGGCCCUGCUUUGCCUCCUGUUCUGCUGUGCCUGCAGCUGCCAUGCUGACUCAUGUGCCCGAAGCUAGCAGGAGCUGGCAGCAUGGGCUCCCCAGGGGCCACAGUAGGCUGGGGGCUUCUGGAUUAUAAGACGGAGAAGUAUGUGAUGACCAGGAACUGGCGGGUGGGCGCCCUGCAGAGGCUGCUGCAGCUUGGGAUCGUGAUCUAUGUGGUGGGGUGGGCUCUCCUCACCAAAAAAGGCUACCAGGAGCGGGACCUGGACCCCCAGGUUUCCAUCAUCACCAAACUCAAAGGGGUUUCUGUGACUCAGAUCAAGGAGCUUGGAAACCGGCUGUGGGAUGUGGCUGACUUCGUGAAGCCGCCUCAGGGAGAAAACAUGUUCUUCUUGGUGACUAAUUUCCUUGUGACGCCAGCCCAAGUUCAGGGCAGAUGCCCAGAGCACCCUUCUGUCCCACUGGCUAACUGCUGGGCCGACGAGGACUGCCCCGAAGGGGAGAGAGGCACGCACAGCCACGGCAUAAAAACAGGCCAGUGUGUGGUUUUCAAUGGGACCCACAGGACCUGUGAGAUCUGGAGUUGGUGCCCGGUGGAGAGUGCUGCUGUGCCCUCGAGGCCCCUGCUGGCCCAGGCCCAGAACUUCACACUGUUCAUCAAAAACACCGUCACCUUCAGCAAGUUCAACUUCUCCAAGUCCAAUGCCUUGGAGACCUGGGACCCCACCUAUUUUAAGCGCUGCCGCUAUGAACCACGAUUCAGCCCUUACUGUCCUGUGUUCCGCAUUGGGGACCUCGUGGCCGAGGCUGGAGGGACCUUCGAGGACCUGGCGUCACUGGGUGGCUCUGUGGGCAUCCGGGUUCACUGGGAUUGUGACCUGGACACCGGGGACUCCGGCUGCCGGCCUCACUACUCCUUCCAGCUGCAGGAGAGGAGCUACAACUUCAGGACAGCUACUCACUGGUGGGAGCCACCGGGUGUGGAGGCCCGCAGCCUGCUCAAGCUCUACGGAAUCCGCUUCGACAUCCUCGUCACUGGGCAGGCAGGGAAGUUCGGGCUCAUCCCCACGGCGGUCACACUGGGCACCGGGGCAGCUUGGCUGGGCGUGGUCACCUUCUUCUGUGACCUGCUGCUGCUGUACGUGGACAGAGAAGCCCAUUUCUACUGGAGGACAAAGUACGAGGAGGCCAAGGCCCCGAAGGCAACCACCAACUCUGUGUGGAGCGAGCUGGCCCUUGCAUCCCAAGCCCGACUGCCCAAGUGCCUUGGCCAGAGCUCAGCAUCUGCACCCACAGCCACUGCUGCUGGGAGUCAGACACAGACACCAGGGCGGCCCUUUCCAAGUUCUGACGCCCACUUGCCAGCCCAUUCCAGAGGCCUAUAGCUGUUCCCUGCUGGUUGAGAGUUGGGGGUUGGGAAGGAUGGGGCCCUGCCUGGGGAUUUCAAGGAUAAAGCCCCAGCAUGUGGGGGUUGGGGAAUUCCACCCUUGAACCCCAGCAGACAAUCCCUCCCCGACUUCCGCCUUGGCAGGGUGCUGCCUCGGGGAACCACAGUCAGCUUUGUGUAGAGACGGCAACAGAACUUGGCCCAUGGAGACGGUGAGAGCCCAGCAGGCACCUGUAUUGCAGGGCUCCGACUGCAUAUGGCAGGGGCUCCUGCUGCAUUUGGGCCUAGAGGUCUCUCUCCCAGGCUGUCCCCAGUGUUCCUAGCAGAGGUCUGCCCACCAGCUGUCAGCACAGACCCUCCUGCUGCCUGGCCCCUGGCCCUCCUCCCCCAUCUGCACCUCAUCAUAGGUAGACAUCCCACCCUCCCAUCUGUCCUGCACGGGGCUGUGCAACUGGAGCCAAAAGGGCAAGGUAGAAAGACGAGGAUGGGGGAAGGGGUGUCUCAGCUUGUCUGGUGCUGUGAUGCGGGUCCUUAUCUAGCGAAUGGGGUGGAGUAGGCAGAUAAUCCACAGCUCUAUCCCCCAGGCGAUGGUGUAGCAUGUGUCUUGGCCCACACCUGCUCAGCUUGGAGGAGCAGCUGCUUUCCAGUGGUAGCCCUCUGGCUUUGGAAGGCUGGGACAGGGAACAGAGGGCGGCAGGACUGAGUUGGUGAUCACUGUGUCCUUCGGGACCUUCUGUGUCCCUCCUCAGUGACCCCCAAGCCCAACCCCUUGGAAGCUUUUCUCCAGGCUUCCUGAGAGCCCUGGAGGUGGCAGGCUGUACAUCUGAAAUUCACUUCAGUCCAAAUCAUACCCAGGAAGCUGUCUGGGUAGCUGCUUCAGGGAGGCCCUGACUCUGAUCCAAGGCUGGGUGGAGUGGCUGGAAGGAAUGGUUCCAAACAAUACAUCCAGGUCUCCCUCAGGCUGGCCAGGUUUUGCAUC